AUGGCCUCCAGGACCUCGGACUCCGGCGUCGCGCUCCAGGCCGCCAUCGACGGCAACGUCCGCCUCCUUAAGAAGAUGGCGAGCAAGGUGAAUCUGCAGGAAGCCAAGGACGCCAAGGGGCGGAACGCGCACUUCGCCGCGGCGAAGGGACAUCUGGAGGUCUGCAGGUUCCUCGUGGAGGAAUCGGGGUUCGAUGUCAACUCCACCACCCCACAUGGUGCGUCCGACUACCUGAGAGAGAAUGAGAUUCUUCCCAUUCCACUCUGCUGCUGCCAUGGGGAUGAGAGUGUCCUGAGGUACCUUCUCGACCACGGUGGUGACCCAGCGGUGCCGGACUGCAGGCGCUCCGUGCCACUGCACGAUGCGGUUGAGGAAGGACAUUGCGAGGUUGUGAGACUGCUGCUGUCCAAGGGUGUUGAUGUGGACCCAAUCAAUUAUGUUGGGACACCACUGCACUUGGCUGCCUCCAAGGACCAGGAUCUGGCUGUGAAGAUCCUGCUGGAGCAUGGUGCUGAUCCCAACAGAGUUGUCAAUCAUGUCUUUUCACCACUCUUCAUGGCGGCAUGCUGUGGGCAAUCCUUAAAAUGCACAAAGCUACUGGCUGAGACUGGUGCUGAUGUGAAUUUUACAUAGUCUGGAGCUGACCCUAACAUUGCCAAUGAGGAUGGUAAAAUCCCAAUCAUGUGGGCUGGAGGUCAUGGGAAUCGUGAGCUUGUUGAAAUUCUAUUUCCUUGGACAAAACCAAUUCCAUCUAUACCAGACUGGAGUGUUGAUGGGAUACUUAGAGCUAUGAAAUAUCUACAUUUGGAGGCUCAGGAUGCAGCUCUGGUGAGAGAACGGAUAGCUGAUGCCAAGUCACAUGGAAAGGAAGCUUUUGCAAAGGGGGAGUACUUUGCGGCAGUUCACUACUAUGGUCUGGCAUUGGACAAAGACCCGCUUGAUGCUACCUUGUUUGCCAACCUGAGCCUGUGCUGGUUGCGGAUGAGCGAAGGGGAGCGAGCUCUGGCAGAUGCUCGAAAAUGCAAGAUGAUGCGUCCUGGUUGGUCGAAAGCAUGGUACCGUGAGGGCGCGGCACUCAGCUUUCUGAUGAACUACAAAGGAGCAGUCAUUGCGUUCAUGCAAGCACAGAAACUUGACCCUACGAGUGAUGAGAUCAAGAAAGCGUUAAGGGAGGCCAUGGAGGCUAUGAGGAGCGCUGCUCGGUCAGAACAGUGA